CCGAUAAUCCGUGUACAGAGGCGCGUGGUUAUUGUUUUUGUUGUCUUAUCUGUCAUUUUGUUUGUAACUGAUCUGAGUAUUAGUGCAGCUAUGACUGCCAAACCAGGACGACGCUGCCAGUUUAGAUUUCAGUAUUCUCACUACAAAUGUCCCUGCGCCUAUACGCUUAUACAUGUAUGAUCCUCUCUUUCUUCAUGUAUAUAUACCCUUAAUACCCUCACAUAGUUCCUCAACCCUCUGACAAAUGGUGUGUACGUCGUUGAAAAAGCAAGAGAGAGACUGAGCUUAGCUUUACAGAAAGAAACGUUUACGCUUUCUCCCUAUAUUUGUCUCUUCUUGCCUUUCACGUUUCUUUGUAUCCAUCUCUUUAUCUCUGCAAAAGAAGAAGUAGAAGAAUAAAAAAUGGUGGGGACUACUCUUUCCCAAGAGCUUAAGAACUACAUCCAGUCCAUGCAUGAUCAGGGCGUGCUUGAUCAUCACUUCGACCAUGUGAAGGCGUUGCAGAACGAAGAAAAUCCUCAGUUUGUUAUGGAAGUGAUCUCCAUGUUCUGCCAGGAUGCUGAGAUUGGCAUCGCCGAAAUCACCAGAUUCCUGAAUGCACCCGUUGUGGACUUUGCCAAGGUGAUCAACCUUGUUCACCAGCUCAAAGGCAGUAGCUCAAGUAUCGGCGGUCAAAGGAUGGCCCUUGCUUGUCGCGAGCUUCGACAAGCCAGUGAAAACAGGGACAAGGAGAGGUGCCUGGAAAUCUUUGAGAGGAUGAAACAGGAGUACAAUACACUGCGGGGAUGCCUCAAUGCCAUAUCCCAGAUGGAGAGAACCAUCCUCGAGAAUGAGACCAGACGCCGUAACCCAUAGCAAGCUCCUGAUCUGUGCUUGCUGCUUUAAGAUUUAGUUUCUGAUAUCAAAUCCACGCUCCCUCGCGAACAUGACUGACUUGUCCGCACCUACAUAUUAUCAGAGCAACUGGUUGUAGAGGUUAAUGAUGAGUCGUAAAGGUUAGAAGUAACAUUUAAUUUGCUGAAUAUAAUAGACAUGUAGUCAUGCACCACGCUAAAGUUGACACCAAGUUCUUAGCCUUCUUCUCUGGAAAGAAAGACAAAGAAAUUCCUUAGCCUUCUUCCGUUAAAAGAAAUAAAAGGAGUCCUUGGCCUUCUUGGCUACGUCUAACCGGAAACACCCCCAUCCUACAGUAAUUUUCACAUCCUUUAGAAUAGAGGACCAGAUUUCCAUUGAUGAUCUUAUCAAGUAGGCUUCUUCUAAAAGCUCCCUCAACAAAUUGUAUGAAAAAUCAGACUUAAAUUUGGUUUAACAGCAAAAGUUCCACUACGAGUUGCUCUUAUACAUAAGUAAACGAAGAUACAAGGGGGCCCGACGGGAGUUGCGGGGGAGUCCUAAGAACUGCGGAAGGUAACAUCAUUGCUCUCUUCUCCGGUCCCAAUGGACUCUCCGAUGCCAACAGUGCUGAGGUAUGUCCACUGCCUUGGAAUUAUUCUUUAAAUCACCAUGGAUAGGACACAAACAUUUGAUUGUAGAGUCUGAUUCUAAAAGACUGCAACUUCACGAGUGCAAAACCACUUGAAGAGGCCAUGGAAAUGCUGGAAAUUAAAUAGUUCAGUACGUUGAUUUAUUAUGUGACGCAAUCGGGAGUGUAACAUUUAAGCGUGUUUUCUCGGAGGGUAAUCAUAAUGCGCCGAUCAGCUUGCAAAACACGGUGUAAACCGCUUUAAUUUGUUCAUUGCAUGGCUGUAUUGUGCUAUGUGUUUAUGGCUGUAGAGUCUUGGUUUGUGUUAUGUGUUUAUGGCCGUAAGAUAAAACGGUUUUUACAUGUUGGUGAGGUGUUUUUCUGGGUC